AUGAUGAAUCCUGAAGUAAUUAACGCGAACGAUGACAGUAAGGACUACUCUCGAUGGAAAAUUAUAUAUCCGAAUUAUUUAAAUAGGAAGAAAAAAGUGAAAGAAGGAAGAAAAAUAAACCUGAAUUAUUGUGUAACGGACCCAUCCGUUGACGAAAUUGCAUUAGCGUGUAAAGAAUUGGAAAUCCAAUGUGUAGUGGAAAAAAAUAAAUACUAUCCAAGGGAUUGGCUGGUGGAAGGUAGGAUACGUAUAAAAAUGCCGGACGCCGGAAGCAGCAACAUAUUUAGUAAAUUUGCCUUAAUGAAACAAAUUGGGUUGAAAUUGCAAACCAUAAAGGCGAAUGUGGAACCUACUGUUGCGGUUAAUGCCAACAGUGCGGCUAAAAAAAAGAAAAAGAAAAAAAACAAGGAUUAA